CUUCCUCCCGACACAAACACCUGGAACUAGUUUACAGCUUACAUAACGCUAUUGCCUUAUUACGACCAAUAUUGGCUUGACAGAGCAAAAGAAUCUUGGAAGGAAGCAAUUUGACAUGCUUUACGCUAUUCACAAAUGGAAGUUUUGGAAAGUAAGAGCCUACUUUGAAAACAAUCCUGAUGCAAUAUCUACAAUAUUUGAAAAUGGGCAAACUGUUCUUCACGUUGCAAUUACAGCUGGUCGGCUAAGGAUUGCGAAGGAAUUGAUCACUAGUACUAGUAUAGAAAACAUACAGCACUUAGAGACACAAGAUAAGAGUGGCAACACAGCUCUUUCCUUUGCUGCUGGUAGUGGAAUGAUGGAAAUUGCAAAAUGCUUGAUUGAAAAGAACAAUAAGUUGCUUACUAUCCCAGAUGCCCACGACAAGCUCCCAGUUCAAUUGGCUUGCAGGGCAGGCCUUGAGGACAUGACUCGCUACCUCUACAGUAAUACCCCGUCAGAAUGUCUAGAUGGAGCCUAUGGUUUCCACCUCCUCGAAGAGUGUAUAACCAAGAAAAUGUUUGAUAUUGCAUUCAAACUCCUCAGCUACUUUCCAAAGUUUGCAAUAUAUAAGUUCUUUAAGGAUAGUUCCAUUCCGAUCAUUUCAACUCUUGCUCAAACACCACCCCCAUUUUUUAAAGGAAAGCAGCUAGCAUUUUGGGGACGAUGGCUAUAUAAUUCUGGGCCGCUGGUUUCAAUUCUUCCGAAAUUCCUUACAAGGCAUAUAUAUGAAUUAAAGUUGAUGGAUGAAAAUGCCCAAAACAAGGUAACAUGCUUGAUUCUCAUUUAUUUUCCUGCAAAUUCAUACAACUUAACCACAGAGCAUCAAAGUAUUUACAGAGAAAAUCAAAAGUAAAGCACCCAUGACGGAAAUUUUCGGAGAGGACAGAUCCGCAUCCGAUCGGAGGGAUCCCACCCACGAGAUUAGCUCCGAUCAUCUCCCUCACUACCUCUCCAAAAACCCCUUUUCAGAAGGUUACCUAAGGCAAAAAUCAGUUCUCAAUUCCAACACCAGACCCCUUGUCCCAGCCGCACUCCUUCGCAAGAAUCACAAGCUACCGACCAAAAGCUUCCUCCGGGAAAAAGCCCCAAAAACCAGAAAUUUUUUUCUUCUGAAACCGAGACUCGGAAUCACCAAAUAUCUUCCCCAAAAAACAAC